GUACAUUACGCUAUCACGUGAUUAUAAGGAAAAACAAUCUGCUGGCGAUACAGCCCAUCUUAUAUAGGUGAUUCCUUCCCCUUGCAUCAAGUACUCUAGCUGAACGUUGAGAGAACCAGGUGUAAUGGGGGAGUUAUCGGUGAUGCUUACUUUGAGUCUUCUGUAUGGAAACAUAAUUGAUCCAAAAACAGGAAAGGACCAGACUGGGCAUCACUGGAGCUACUUCGGUGAUUCGGGACCAAACCAUUGGUCGGAUCACUACCCUCGUUGUAACGGACACAGACAAUCACCUAUCGAUAUUCGAACAGGUGAUGUCGAGUUCGCAUCGUGGUUGACAGAGCUACAGUUCUACGGAUAUGACAAGAACUUAGGGCAGGGAGAUCCUUGUACCAUCAAGAAUAAUGGACAUACAGCAAGUAUGGCUAUCACCCACAGCCUGAAGUUACGUGGAGCACAUCUGAAUGGCGAUUAUCAGCUAGCAGAAAUGCAUCUACAUUGGGGUCAUAACAACAGCAGAGGGUCAGAACACGCAUUAAAUGGGAAGAAAUAUCCGGCAGAGAUUCACUUCGUUCAUUACUCAACACGAUAUGGUAAUUUGUCAGAAGCCAUGAAAAUGCCCGAUGGACUUGCAGUAAUAGGAGUUUUUGUUGAGUUAGUACCAGAGGAUACUUAUGCCUUUGAACGGUUAGCAAAUGGAAUUGAGACUAUACUAGAAUAUGGUAAAAAGGCAAACGUUUCCAAUGUGAGGAUGCUGGACUUUUUACCACACCGGAAGAAUGCGUUUUAUCACUACAGAGGAAGUCUUACUACUCCAGCAUGUUACGAAAGUGUCAUGUGGUUUGUAAUGGCUGACACUAUUCCUAUGUCUGAACGACAGCUUGAUAGAUUUAGACAUCUCCAAGAGAAAGUGGAUGAACAUGUUGCUGCCACGGGAAAAGCAUCCUCUGUUUCAAGUCGAGUUUUUAAAUCGGACCCUAUCUAUAUAAGGGAAAAUUGCAGACCACUACAGCCGUUGAAUGGUCGAAAAGUCUACAGCAACGUCAUGCCAUUACAACGCCCACAACUACGUGAUUUUGAGCUUCCGGCGGUAAAAGUUAGUCCGAUAAGAAAUAAUUACCUACCACCACACGCUUCAAAUAGGGUACCAGUACCACAGGCUCAAAACAGGGUACCAGUUGACAAUUCACAGUCGUCUAAUUACCAUGCAAAUUCUAGAACAGAUUACAUAUACCGUGGAUUGUCACCAAAUUCAUACAACAAUCAAAGACAAAGUUCCUUCAAUGGGAUAGUAUCAAAUGGAAACAGUCUGCUCAUUGGCAACAUAAAGCCAAAUGAUAUCAAUGGUGGACUUUAUCAACAUUUACGAUCAAACCAACAAUAUCCUAGACAAGGAAGUCCAGUUAAUAAAAUUAACACAGGACAUGCUUUCAGCAAUAGCAACAGCGAACGUAUGCAUGUUUUCAAAACCCCUGAAACAGCUUCUGUUCUUUCUAAUCGUCGGAAGGCGGGAAAAUCAGGCCCUUUGUUGGACUAUAUUUUUACACAAAUGAACGGACUCACUAAACCGAACACUCAAAACCAAAGACACUAUCAUGCAAAUGAUCAUCCAGGGAUAGCACAGCCCAAAGACAGGAUAUUUGCUGGACUUUCAGAUUUUAUAGCUAAUCCGGUACAAUCUAGAGUUUCGUCAAAUCCUAAUAAUAACUAUAUACAAUCAUCUGGUAAUGGUAAUUUCAAUCAACAGAAGCUAAUAUCAAACCAAUAUGGAAACCAUUUACAGAAGCAUUUUGGUCAAAGUCCCCAUUCGUCACAGAAUAACCAUGGACCCGGAAAUUAUAUACAAGCUCCAGUGUAUCCUGACUAUCACCAAUCAAGCUUUGACAGUUUUUGGUUAUGGCCUUUCCUGAUCAACCAUACAUUAAAAAGAUGUGCUAAGAUAAUAGAAGAUAAUAACACAAAGAAAGAUAAAGCAACAGAAAAUAUCAAAAUGUUUGAUUGUUUUGGACGUAAAUGUGAUUAUAUUGAAUAUGUUAUGUAUCUUGUAUAUCUACUCUUGUUUCCUUAUAGGUAAGGUUCUGAAAUGUUUUAUACAGCUUAAACAAUUUAAUAUUUUGAGAUUAGUAUCGAUCAAUUGAAAAAUAUCAGUUCGGGAGAGGACUUUAAAACAUAUAUAUCAAUGUCGGGUUGGGAUGAAUUCGCAAUUGAGUUUAACUGAUACAUUUGAGGUUUGGUGUUGGAGAAAUGUUAUUAGUUUGGUCAUGAGAAAACCUACUAUAUUGAAUCGGAAUGUGUGAUAUUAACAAAAGAUUAAGUUUUGAACCAUGGUUAACUGGGAAAUGUCCAAUUGCAAACGCAGUUACUUGGGAUAGGACACAUAUCUGAUGUAAGUUACUGAAAAUAAUCGGGGAAUUGUUGGAUAAAAGAUCAGAUUAAGUAUUACUGAAAUAAAACCGUUUUUAAUUUAUAUGAAUCCGGAUUUAUAAUUAGGGUUAUGUUAACUAUAUGUUUUUGGGUGGGUUAAAUUAAGAUUUAUAUUUUUAAAACUGAAAUAUAUCCUUUUAAGUUUAGUUUUCGCGCAUAUCAAUUGUUUUAAUAUGUUGAGUGUAAGCUUUUUGUAUAAAAAAAAUAGUAAUACUGUGAUUAAACAAUCUAUUGCAAUACAUUUUAAUGUUCUGAUGAUACAACAAUAUAGUAUGACAUUUCAAAGGUCCACAGUACAAAAUAUAUAUGUUCUCUUAAUUUUAGAUAAAUAUUGCAUAUUUUAAUUGUUUAUGCAAUCACCUCUUAAUUUCAAAUUUAUUGACACAAAUGUGUUUAUCAAUUCGUCUUUUUGAGGACUUUGGAAUGUUAACUUAUGUUAAGUCGUCGGUUAUAUAUAAUUUGACAGAAUUAAUAACAAAUAAAUUUAAAAAGAA